AUGGCAUACGACAUGCCGGCAACCGCAUUCUCGCCUUCUUUCGCCAUAUGUUCUCUCUGGUGGGAAAUCCUUUGGGAAAGGGUCUCAACCGCUGAGUUCGUCUUCAACCGCACCUCAUCUUUCCUUCCUAGUCCGAACUGUCCCCUCUGUCUCUCUGCGGUGGAUUAUCUCCAACAUUUCGUCUUCUCCCGCCCUUGCAAGUUUCCUGUGUGGACAUUGAUUGCGAUUGCAUCAAUCACGGUUCACACCAUCUGGCGUGCGCGCUGGGCAGUUGUCUUUGACAACUCCCCCUUUUUCCCCAAUGUAGUUGCAGCUAAGGUAGUGACUGCCAUACAUAGAUCCCAUGACCUCAAUUCCACCUGA